CAAUAACAACAAUAACGAUAACAUCAAUGGCAAUAUUGGCAAUGUUUUAAAUGUCAACAAUCAAGGGGCCAUUAAUUCCAAUCCGUUGGCCAGUAACAAUGGCCUGGCCAAUACAAAUGUGGCAACGGGUGACAUUAAUAUGACCGGUGGUAAUGGCAAUUUGCCGGUUAUAUUGGUCAAUUCCGGUACCGGGGGUGUUGAUGUCCUAAAUGCUACGGCCAUGGGUGCAGCUGUGGUGGUAAAUGGUGUCGCCGUCCCGGGUGGUAGUAUCGGUAAUAUUGUGGCCAUGCCAAAGGAGAAAAUCUAUGAUAAAUGUACUGGGCCUGCUGAUCCGGGACCAUGUAAGCAGUACACGUUUAAGUGGCGCUACGAAUCAACGACAAAUGAGUGUACCUCAUUCAUAUGGGGUGGCUGCGAAGGGAAUGCUCAGAAUCGUUUUAAUAGCGAAGCGGAAUGUUUAUUUCAUUGUAUUGGUGCACCGCAUACAUUACCACCAUUCCUGCAGACGACAACACGUGAACCCAGUACCACCGAAUCAUCUCUGGUUCCACCCUCCUAUACCGUUUCACCAUCAUAUGGUGACUCAGAAACCAGCCCCAUACCAUUCGAACAACGUGGUCCCGAGUUGACAUUUGCCGAAACGGGUCAGGAGAAAACUUUUGUUUUUGCCGAGAACAACACGUUCAUACAAAUCGAUGGUGAUAUUAUACAAACAUUUCAAUUAAGAUUAUGUCGUGAAAUUUCAUUUCAAUUUCGUACUCGUCUGCCACAUGGCCUUCUGGUCUAUCACAAUGUAAAAAAUCCCGAUCGCAUUAAUUUGAAUCCGUAUGCUUUGUAUGUCAUUGUGGAGAAGGGACAGCUGAAAGUUGUCCAUGUCUUUGGCAAACAUUCGACCAGUGUUACUGUGGGUGAGGGUCUGAAUCGUGACGAGUGGCAUAGUGUUAUGGUACGCAUUGAUGUCCAUGGUGCUAGAUUAAUAGCUCGAGUUGACAAUAAUCAGGAAGAAGUGUAUCUCAAGGGUUUGAAUCAUGAUACCAACUAUGGUGUAUCCACCAAUCUGCCAUCCGUUGUUUUAGUGGGAGGUCUUUCGUCCGAAGAAAAAUUGCACGGUGUUAAAUAUAUCAUCGAAUCAUUUGUCGGCUGUAUACGCAAUGUGACGCUGAGCUCGGGCAAGGCGGCAUCUGAUCUAUUGCCCAUAUCACCAUUGGUGGCCACGAAACAUGAAAACGUCAACGAAGGCUGUCCGGACAAAUGUCAUUCACGUCACAAUUUAUGUUUCGUUGGAUCGCGUUGCAUUAAUCACUACUAUGGCAUAUCGUGUGAUUGUUUUGGUUCACACUACGAGGGCGAGCAUUGUGAUAUUUACACUGCAACAAUAAUAACGUUACGCGGCUCCAGCUAUGUUUCAUAUCGCAUUUACGAUUGGAAGGAUCGCGUUCAUUCGUCAACGACACGUAUCAGCCUCAUGUUUCGCACACAAUUCGAUGAUUCUGCUCUGUUCUAUGCGAGCGGUGAAUCGCUCAAACAUCAGUACAUCGCCGCAUCCAUUAAAAAUCAGUCAAUUUAUGUUGAAAUGGAUUUCGGUGACAUACCCAUGUCCACCGUCCUGACGGAUGAGCUGACACGUAAUAAUUGGCACAAUUUGACCAUUUCGCAUGAACAGCGUACGGUGCGCAUUAUACUCGACCAGCAGAUGAAGAUACUCGAAAUACCAGCUACAGUGAGUGGCAACCUACUCUUCGAUCCGGAAAUUUAUUUUGGCGGCGGACCGGAUUUGCAUAAGAAGAAGGGUCUGGCAUCGCAUAAUAAUUUCGUCGGUUCGUUAAAGAAUGUCUACUACAACGAUGUGUCCAUAUUGUAUGAGCUGCAUCGUGGCAAUCCGAAAGUUCACUAUCAUGGUGUUCUGGAAGCGGAAUUUCAAGAAAACGAUGUGAAUGUCAUACCAAUAACGUAUCCUUUUGCGACGUCACACAUUUGGUGGCCCAUAAAUCAUGCCGAAGAAUUUAAUAUCAAGUUCGAUUUCCGCAGUAGCCGUACAGCGGCUAUACUGGCAUACAGCGAUGUGACAACACAAGACGGAAAUGGUUUCUGGGAGAUUCGUUUGGCAGCCGAUAAACUCUGCUUUGACUUAGUACCCAAUGUCCAGAACAAUGUCACACUGGCCAUUGUGGUCAAGAUAAAUCGGGCCACCUCUUGGCAUUCCGUCGAACUAGACUAUCGAGAUGGCGAAAUUAAAUUUACCGUCGACUAUCACCAUCAGCGCACCGAAAUGUAUGGCCUGACCUUUAACAUCGGUGACAAAUUGAUCAUCGGCAGCAGUUUAAAGUCAGCCGCAUCUGGUCUCGUCGGCUGCAUACGAGACAUCGAGAUUAACGGUCAUCUGAUAGAGCCCCGUCACGUGGUCAAGACGGAACGGGUGGUGGGCGAAGUGGCGCUGGACAAUUGCCAGUACAUUGAUCCGUGUAAACGGCCCAACACUUGUGAGCAUGGCGGCAAGUGUUUCGUCAAGGAUGACCGGGUGACUUGUGACUGCAAACACACCGGCUACAUUGGCAAAAACUGUCAUUUCACCAAAUACCGUAAAACCUGUGAGGAGCUGGCCCUGCUGGGCUAUACCAAAUCGGAUGUCUAUCUAAUUGACAUCGAUGGCAAUGGAGUCUUUCCGCCGGCCCAUGUCAAAUGUGACUUCCAGAGUUUGGAGAAUGCAACGAAAACAAUUGUCGAACACAACUUGCCCAGUCAAGUGGAUGUGCGUUCGUCACGUGAUUCGGACUUUAGCUUCAAUAUACGCUAUCGUGAAUUCUCACCGGAAAUGUUGCAGGAAUUGAUCUCGCAUUCGCUGUACUGUACACAAUAUAUCAAAUAUGAUUGCUAUAAGGCACAGUUGGAAUUGCAUUCGGCAACGUGGUUUACUUCGUCGGCUAAAAAUCAUACUGUGGAUUUUCUGGGCAAUGUUAAGAG